CCGAGGGUGGAUGAUUGUGCAUCCGAGUCUCGCUCAGAUUCGUUUGACCCCACAAACCUAUUCAAGGCAGUGCCUUGUUAUUGGUAAAGCCUUUUUAUGCAUUGGUAUGCAAUCUUUGUUGGCUUCAGUUAUCCCACCGCUGCCGUUGUUUGAGUUAGCCUCUCUGCAGUAGUUUUGAGGGUCACAUCUUGGGCAUGUAAAUCAUCGCCGCCUACCACAUGCGUGUUUUAUUCAAAUUCACUCUUAUUUUGAGAACCGUUCGUGUUUGAGGAGUCUGGCUGGGAGCUUAACUGUUUAAACUUGACGUUUGGAAAUUGAAUUGGUCGCGGGUAUUUGUGUGAGUGUGAGGUGAACAAAUCUUCAAACGUAUAUACACGCAUGCCUUGCGGUUUUUAGAUGAGGGGAUAAUGAGGACUUGAGACCAGACAGCAAAUCAAUUUUCAACAGUUUCUUGCAGAUGUAACCUUUGGUUUCGGAGUGUGGGAUCUUAACCCCUUCAUGAUUUCCUUACUUACUCUAUGGUGCUAGGAGAAGGGCCACUCGGAACAAGAUGCCCAUUUUGUGCCCCGGUGCGGGAUCUCUUUGGAAACUUGGAAAACACACUCGUCAUGGAGGCCAACGGUCAAAGUCUCGUCAUUCAUCUGGUUCCCGCCCUGUCAAGGCGAAAGGUACGCUGGCGCACACCUUCACUCAAAAACAGGUAGAUACCGGCCCUCCCAUGUCCCCUGGCAGUGCAGGAGGCGUGUAUCUCGGGCCGGAAAAGAAAGAAAGGAUUUCGUCCACCACCACUACCACAACGCCAAAGAUUUCCUCUGCCCAAGAUAAGAAACUCGCUGAAAUUCGCUCUCCCACCGACUACUAUACCGAUGGGAAUGUCGUCAUCGGCCAGGAUGUUACCAAAGACGGAGAAGAUACCAAUCACUCGACAGAAGAUGUCGACAUCCUCCAUCCAAUGAGAGCGGAAAAGAGUUAUAAUGACACUCUAAAUCCUGAUGGAACGCUCGCAUCUAUCGUAUUCUUCGAGGAGACUUUCAUGAGUGCCAAGUUCUCUCACCUCACCACCAGUUCCCCGGGAGGAAAGUCAGCAAACAGGUCAAGGGUACUCGACACUACGACGGCAUUACACGACUGGUCAGGGUUACAAAAUAAGAGAAGUAAAGAAGUCACUGGUGUUAUUCCGUCAUGGGUGAGGCAAAGGAGAUGUCUUCCAACACUUGAUGAAGUAGACUUUGAUCAGAUUGACAUCAUCAGCCUACACAGUCUCCCGACGAAUGAAAGUCCGCCACAGCCAUUCUCACCUAACCGUUCGAAUGACAUGCGUCUUCAAAAUGUCGAUGACAAAAACGAAGAGAAUGUUAGUAAGAACGUGAAUUAUAAAGUCGGUGUGACUCAACAUCAAUCACAUGUCAAACAUAGAUUCACAGACGAGCACACGUCAAAGGAUCAGAGAUCCGUGCUUGGUGACCUUACGAACAUUGAUAGUUCUCCUGCAAAGAAACCUUCGUCUAAAAUGCCCAAUCAUAGCGCAUUCUACAAGAUACCAAAGCGCGCAUCUGCACGAGAGAGACGCUCCCGACGAAGUCGUCGAAUAUCGAACAGCCGUAAAACGAAACCUAAUUCCUCUUCACGGGAAAGUCUGGUAAAUGCACUGGACAAACCAAACGAACAUACCUAUGUGAAUCUAGAAUACAUUGCUGGUAUAAUGACGAAUAGUCCUCCAAAAGAUGGGUCAAAGAAGAUGAAUGAAAGCAUUCACGAUUACGAAAGUAUUUGGUCAAAUUCACCUACUAAAUCCACGGCUGAACAAAGAAGAAUGAGGAGUAUGUCAGAAGGUGGUAGUCGUCCAGGAAUGUCUUCAGUCACUACCAGUGGCGCCAAGCAAAGUGAUAUAAUUCAUCAAGACGGACGAAGGUUAGACGGACAGAAAACAGUUUCCAAGCUGUCUUCAAAACCCGACCUCUUUGCUGAUUUGCCCCAAGUGAGUCAAUCUCCUCGGAUGACGCCUCGCUCAACUCGUGAUAAACAAAAUGUCCAAGGUAUUCUGAAAAGCUAUAUGUUGGGAAUAAAAGAAACUGUUGAAAGAGAUGCUGUUCAUGAGAAAGAAACCAGGUCAAGUACAUCCUCGUGGGAAAGCGCUACCAAUAGUCAUUCGACCGAGGGUGAAGAGUGUGCCGCCAUUUUGUCGAGAGGUGCUCAAAUCAAUCCCUCCCAUCAACACCCGACAUCAAGAACUAUUAAACAGAGCAAACCGGUUGAGAGGCAAGGUGGUAGUUCCAACGAUUCCUUAGGCAGGAACGCUGGUGUUCGAAAUAUCAAGCGUCAGAAUCGAAACGAGGGAAUUUAUUACGUUACUGAAGACUCGGAACGGAGAUUGGUAGAAUCUCCCUCUUUUGCAGACAAUGCAGUCAGAAAAGCUCGAAUUGUGAGGACAAGCAGCACAGAGGAAAGUUCAAGGGAAGUACCGGAUGUUCCAUCAAUGCCGAAGACUCAAAGGAAGGACGUGGACUUUAAGUCGAAGAAGUCAUCUCAUAUAGAUUACAGACGUUCCCUGCCAGCCCCAUCAGCAGUGGCUAGUCGGAGUCCCCCAAAGACACCACAACGUCGCUCCACUACGAAUGUUCGCGCGGUCGAGACUAAGCUUUCCCAGAAGCAGAAUCGUAAGAUCCGCCGAUCAGUAGAAGAAGAUGAUAUCUUGGAGGCGAUGUUGGUGCAAGAUCAAUGUGAGUCGCCGGCAAAGACAAAUAGCAUGGUAAAGGCAAAGGAUAAGAGUUCUGAGUCUGGGAAAACUUUACCUGGUGACCCGUGUGUCAAGGAUGAGAUGAGCCGUGUUCAAAAGAUCAUUGAGGACUGGAAUAAAAACUCGAAGAGCAUUGCCCAAAGACACGGAUCAACCCACUAUGCAGGCGGUCACAUUCACACAACUGCGAAUGGCCCUCGAGAGCAGAAGAUCUCUCAACAGCCUGUAUCUUGGAAUAAAGAACAAGUUGGCAACGCCGGAGUGAAGUGGAUCAAAGGAGCCAGGAGGGCUGAACAUGACAUCCAGGCCGGAAGCUUCCCCCAGAAUGACCCCAGAGCAUUGCGAACUGAAGUGAAUAAAAGUUCGGUUCGGCGAAUCCCAACCGGGUAUCCAUCGCUUCCCAGGCCACACGGCCACAGAAUGACGUCACCUAGUGUCACAGAAGUAUACGUCACCACGCAGGCUUAUACUCCAGGCGAAGUGGACGAAGUUGAAGCACAGCGUGGGGAGAUUGUCGUUGUAAACUCGGCUAUGCAGCGGGAAAACGACUGGAUGUGGGUGUACGUUCCACGCACUGAUCAAUUCGGUUACCUGCCUGCAUUUUCCGCUCGCCCUCUGGAGUUUCAAGUCAACGAGGUUUGAAGUCGGAACAUGAUAACAUACAAAUUGAAACUCCGAUAACCCUUAAAUUAUUUUGGGGAAACUCUCCUUUCGAAAACAGUAAAAGGUGGAAUGCAUGACGUUUCUAUAGCAACGGGAAAUUUCCCAACAUAACUUUUCUCAUCUCUUUCUUGCCUUGUCUGUGAAUUAUGUUAUGAAAUUCAAAUUAACUUUCAGAACUAUAAAUAUUUGGUAAAAUGGUUUAUUGUUAAUUCAUUUUUUUCUUCAGAAUGUUCAAUUACUUUUUUGUCAAGGGUAAUAUGAGCAUUGAACAUAUUAUUUAUAAAAAUAUAGAAGCCUUUACUCCUCUUUUAUAUAUUUUUUCUCUCAAUGAAAGUUGUGAAAUUUCUUAAACUAAAAUGUGGUUCACUCUACCUGAAGAAUUAGAGAAACAAAAGUAAAAUAAACCAAUUAUUCGCAAGCUAUUACUAUAUUAAUCUGAUGCUUAUGAUUAUCUAUGCAACUCAACUAGUAUUGUAGUGUGUAUUUCAAAAGCGUUUUAUUUUUCUACUUACUAUGCAAAAUAAAUAUUUCUUUGAAAAUUGUUUUUCAUAACCAAAUCAAUGAUAGAAUAGUAUAUUGAGUGAAGGGUCUAACGUAAAUCAACAUCUGUUAGAUAGGUUACAUAGGUAUGAUGACAAAAAUAAUUUAUCAAUUUAUUCUGAUCCUGUAGGAUGCUCUGUAUCUGCAUAAAUUACCAAAUGCUUAAUUUCGCCACCAUUUUGAAUUGCAAUCGUCAAAAUAUAUCUUCUUAAUGAUCCACAUGUUCAUCAGUAAGACAAUGAUUUCUCAUGUGUAUCGUUACUGUACACCACUCGGGCAAACAGUAAGCAUUAAUACAGUAAUAGGAAUGGUCGUUAUUCAAUUGACCUAAGAGUCGAAAUUUAUAUCCAAAUGAAUUACAUUAUUGCAAUACCAUAAGUCAGUGCCGAUCGUUGCUCUGUAUACAUAAAUUACCAAAUGCUGAAUUUCGCCACCAUUAUGAAUUGCAAUCGUCAAAAUAUAUCUUUUUAAUGAUCCACAUGUUCAUCAGUAAGACAGUGAUUUCUCAUGUGUAUCGUUACUGUCAGCACUCGGGCAAACAGUAAGCAUUAAAACAGUAAUAGGAAUGGUCGUUAUUCAAUUGACCGAAGAGUCGAAAUUUAUAUCCAAAUGAAUUACAAUAUUGCAAUACCAUGAGUCAAUGUCGAUCGUUUUCAACUUAGGGAUUUUUUUUUACAUAAAGCCCGUCUCACACGCUUUGCGAUCCGGUGCGACGCGAUUUUUCAAGAAAUCGCAUUUUGCAUUGAAUAUGAAAGUUCCAAGAAGUAAAAUUAUUUUAUUUAAAGUUUGGCAUACUGUUAUGUAAACUAAAAUCGUAUUUUUACUUUGCGGCAAGCCCUAUGGUCGGAAUAAAGUCCAAAUCGGCUUCAAGUCGCAGCCGAUGAUGACGUCAUUACGAUUUGAAAUUGACUUUGUUUUUAUUCAUUCAGGGAGGGUCUAAAUGCCUGAAUUUCGAUUUCAGUACUAGAGUCAGAAACUAUGCGGUCAGCUCGAAGAAAUAUCAUAAUGAUAAUCAUACUGCGCUUUUAUAAGAAGCGAUUUUGAAAACUCGCCGGCGCACCCCAAUGUCACUCUGGAAACACAAUCAUAUCAAAAGUGCAACUGCGCACUUUUCUGGUUGUGGAGUACCUUUGUACGUGCACCUUUCAGAUUAGAAAGGUGCAAAUAUGCACCAUUAAAGAAGCAACCAUUAUGGUUUGCUAAAGGUACGAAGUUAAUUGUUAUUCUUCAGGUGUGUAGCGGUUACCUUCCUUUUCAUAACUCGUGAUGAGAAAUCAUGAACGUGAGAUCAUGGUGUCAUCGCAUUGAUAAUUAUAACAUCAGAACUUUCUAAUUCAUUUGAGAUAUACCCCUUUAUCUUGAUAUCCAAUUUCCCAGUAUUUCAAGAAAACUUUCGUUAAAAAAUUAUUAUUUGUUUUGACUUCGUAUCAACUUUCUAAUCUACGAUACCACUGUCGAAACAAUUUGUUGGAACAUGAAUUUCUUUUCAAGCCAAUGAGUUUCUUUUAAUGUAGAUUAUCGCUUUAUGUAAAUAUAUCUUGUAAGAUGUCAUAAUUCAUGUAUCAUACUAUAUUUUUGUAUAUCGAAUCAUAUUUUAUUGGAACAUUAUUAUCAUUAUUAUCAAAGCUGGGAAUUCGAGCUAGAAAUGUUUUUUUGGCGAGUACUAGAAUAUUAACUCAACACGCCAUAGCACAAACAUAUUUUUUUGAAGUGGUGUAUUUUGUA